AUGAAUGGUUUGACGAGUCUGGCAUUAGAAAAGGAGAUCCGGCAAACUCACGAGUCCGUUUACGCCGAGUCAAAGUGUCUGCACCGUAGCCGCGAGUGCUUGACCGAUACUGAUCUGGUCGGCCAGUCUCGUACUUGGACCCGAGCAGGUCAGGUUUCUAGCGCGCAUGCACAUGUUCAAAUGCAGUACAGCCCUUUUGCGUGUGUUGCUGCGGCGUCUUCUUGCAAAGUGGUUCAAUCAAAACUGAAAGGAUCCAGGACCUCUUUCUGCUGA